GGGCUUGAUGACUGCUGUCAAGAAUGUAUAAGACUUAUCGAGUCCCCGUGGGUAUCCUGACGGUAGGUCACCCUCAAUCAAGUCUCCAUAUCGCUCUACCAUAGAUCCACCACAUUGAAACGCGUGUCUACGCACUCGCAUAGAGAUGUCGACACCAACAGUACAGGUCCUCGGCGUAUCUGCCGUUGAGGACUCGCUUUCAAGCCUCAAAGCCUUAUCGCAGAGCCAGAGAUUAAGACUGCACGGUCGCAUCUCGAUAUUCAACCAAGACAACUCCUUCGAUCAAGUCACGAUCCGUCUACAAGGCGCCAUACGCACCAAGAUCGGAUCACAAGUCGCCGUUGAAAACCUGUCCUCCUCAAUCAAAGUAAUGUCAAACCUGGACUUCAAACCCGCAUACUCGGCGUCGCGCAAUCAUACCGAGGAACAACAUCUCGACUUCAUCUGUCCCAUGCCAAACGUUUUGUGCAAAUCUUCUCAUUGCGCCGCAUUCGAUGGCUUCGUACCUUCCAUGUCUCUCAAGGGCAACACAUACGUCACUCAAGUUACAGCCACGACCAACCGACAUCUCGUUCAGGGUCGAUGCGACGUGGUAUACUGGCUCGAGGCCGAGUUCCUACAAUCCGCAUCAAGCAAGGUAGUCCGCAAAGUAACCUGCCCAGUCGACGUCUCUUCGCUUCAGACACCGCUCGAAGCGGAAGUAGCGUCGCAAAGCCACUUCAGCCUGGUCGAGCGGAUCGCAAAGCCACAUAUGCGCGCAUUGCGACUCAUCAACUCGCACUCCCAGCCCGAAGUCAGCAUUCACAUGCCCAAGAAGCUCGGCUACAUCCUAUCCGACUCAUCUCGACUGGCUACAGGCUGCCGAAGUCUAUGCAUCCCCGUCUCCGUCAACGUCAGAAUCCCUCCGCAUGCCCGUCGACAAGCACAAUCCCAGAUCGACUCGCUCAGGUGCUCGGUCAAAACGCAAUGGUACGCCAGGAAGACUUUCACCACGGGACACUCAGCAGUCGAGUCAAGAGUGGACAGCGCCACAGUAUCGAAGCAGACAUUGGCCCCUGUGCUGCCGCCACUGUACAAUUCGACGAGCAAUAAGGACACGAUGUACACCACGCAAAUGGAGCUGAAUCUUCUUCUCCCAGAGUCUGCGACAGGUCCGUCAGUAUCGACAGGUCUGUUGAAAGUCAGCUACACGCUCGAUUUAGCCAUGAAAUUCGAAAUUAUGGGCAGUGAUGGCGCGAAGAGUGCCUACAACGCGGACUUCAGUCUGCCUGUCACGCUGCGGCCUGCGCAACCCGAGUCGGUGAUUAGUGGCCGUACUUUUGAUCCACUGCUGGGUUAUGUCGAGGAGGAUGUACAUUACGCGCCGCCGCCAUAUGUUUAUUGAGUAGCGUUCAGGGUUGUGCUGUUUUGGAAUUGAGCGAUACUAGAGUGUUUUGCUUAGCGGGCCAUGAUAAACUAGAUACCCCAUGAAGUAAUGAAGAAGUCUGUAGAAAUCAUGUUGAG